ACCGAGCAUCCUAACACCCCGCGAUCCGGAGGGAGAGGCGCGCCAGGCGGCGGGGAGGAGCUGCAGGAAGCCGCUGCUCCUUUCACCCUCGCUGGACUCCACCGGACACGGCCCUCCCGGGACUGGAUCCGGCGGAUACUCGACGCAGCGGAAGGGAGCCGCGCCGCCGCGCACCGUCAUCCCCGCGGAGGGUCCGGGAGUCGGGUCGCAUGGAGAAGAGGUAUGAAGAGCUGGUGCACUACUCAGGGUCGGACGGCAUGUCGGUGGGGGGGUACGGGGACGAUGUCAGGACGCUUCCUCCCCCACAGUACGGACCCACCCUCCCUGACUCCCUCAAACACCACAAAGACAUGAUCUAUGGUCAUCCGCUGUUUCCACUGCUGGCCUUAGUCUUUGAGAAGUGUGAGCUGGCCACCUGCUCCCCGCGGGACUCCUCCUCCUCGCUCACAGCCACCUCCCACCUUCCUGGCAUGACCAAUCACAGCGACGUCUGCUCCUCUGACUCCUUCAACGAUGACAUCGCUGCGUUUGCAAAGCAGAUUCGAUCAGAGAAACCCAUAUUUUCCUCCAAUCCUGAACUGGACAACUUGAUGAUUCAAGCCAUACAAGUCCUUCGCUUUCAUUUACUGGAGUUAGAGAAGGUGCACGACCUGUGUGAUAACUUUUGUCAUCGCUACAUCACCUGCCUGAAAGGAAAAAUGCCCACAGACCUUGUCCUAGACGAGCGGGAGGGAGGCUCCAAGUCUGAUCUAGAGGACUUUGGUGGGUCGUGUACCAGCCUAUCAGAGCAGAAUGUGUCGUGGUUACGGGAGCCGGAUGAAUGUGCCACCACUCCCCUGGGAACGCCGGGCACGUGUGGGCUGCCUUCACACAGCACAGCCGACAACUGCAGUGAUGCAGGCGAUGGCCUUGAUGGAGGCGUGGCCUCCCCCAGCACAGGAGAGGAGGACGAGAGUGACCGAGACAGAAGGAACAAUAAGAAAAGAGGGAUCUUCCCCAAAGUGGCCACAAACAUCAUGAGGGCGUGGUUGUUCCAGCACCUGUCGCAUCCGUACCCUUCAGAGGAGCAGAAGAAGCAGCUGUCCCAGGACACGGGCCUGACCAUCCUGCAGGUCAACAACUGGUUCAUCAAUGCCAGAAGGAGAAUAGUUCAGCCAAUGAUUGACCAGUCAAACCGCUCAGGUCAGGGGGGUCCGUACAGUCCAGAGGGAGCAGCGCUGGGGGGCUAUGGGCUGGACGGGCAGGCCCACCUCGGGCUCCGAACAGCAGCGGGUCUCCAGGGCGUGUCGUCACUGCAGAGCGACUAUCCUGCUGCCCUGCUGUCACAGACAGCCUACCCUCCACACCCAGGACCGUCCAUCCACUCGUACCCGGGCUCGCACCCUCACCCGGCAAUGCUGCUGCACCCACCGCCUCACCCACACCCUGCAGAGCCGCUCCUCGCCCAAGGACUGGACAUACACGCACACUAGCUCUGCAGCCAGUGUGUGAGGAUGUGUGCGACUGUGUGAAUGUGUUGCGAUGUGUGUGUGUUGUGAGUCAUUCAGUACACUAUUUAAAAAAAAAAAAAA